AAUCCCGUUACUAAUACUACAAUAUUAUGAUGAAUAACAUGAAAAUUGUUUUUUACUGUAGUAUUCAUAGACGACGCAAAUAUAAAUGAUUUAAUAAAUAUAUAUUAAGUUUUUGUUUGUCAGGUGAAAAAACAACAUUCAAUGAAAUGCAAAUAUUUCUUUGUCGUUUUCAUGAUCUAACACAUUUGACAUUAAAUAUUCGAGGAUCAGUUGAUGAAAUAGCAAAUGGUUAUCAUUGGGAAAAAUGUUCUACAAUUGCUUCACUUAAAAAAUUCGAUUUUAUUUUUGAAUUCGAACUAUCAUCUGCAAAUUCAACUCAUGUCAUGGAUCAAAUUUUUACUAGUUUUUCUACGCCCUUUUGGCGAGAUGUUAAAAAAUGGUAUGUUGCUAUAACAUCACACAAUGUCUAUACAAUAUCUUGCUUUGAUGAUCAAUUAUUUGUCUCAUCAACAUCAUCACCUUUAACUACGUCACCCGAUGAUAGUUGGUUUUAUUCAAAAGUUAAACGAAUAGAAAUUGAUAGGAAUACAUCAAUAAUGAAUCUUCAUCAUUUUCAUAAACUUGAAAGAUUGGAUGUAUUAGAAGAAAAGCUAUUUUUAUCAAUUUCUCAUAUGAAUAAAUUUACUUUUCUUCGUCAUCUUUCAUUUCAUCAAUCUAUUUCGUAUACAAUUCUCAAUGAAAUUCUUACAUAUAAUCCAAAUAUAAAUCAACUUACAAUUUCACAAAUUGAUUUCAAUCAAUUAUUACCAUUAAAAACUAUUCAUUAUUUAUAUCUUGAAGAUUCCAUAAAAAUUACGAAUCGAACACAAAUUAAAGAACUUCAUCGAAUAUUUCCAUCUAUUAAACAAUUAUCUAUUUAUCUUAAUUCAAUACAAUUCAUAUGUCAAAUAAUUAAUGAUUUUCAUCAACUUGAAAAUAUUGUAUUUCAUUUUUAUACAAUUAUUAAACCAAUAUCAUAUCAAUGGUUAAAAAGUAAUACACGUUUGAAUAAGAAUUCAUGUUCAUUUACAUAUCAAAAUGAGUCACAAGAAAUUUUAUUAUGGAUUAAUAAUUCGAUUUCAUCAACAAUUCAUUCCGAACAUAAACUACCAAUAAUUUUGAAUGUUGUUCAAGAACGACGAUCAAAUCAAUGUUUAUUACAAUAA